UCAGCCAUAGAAAAGAAAAGAAAAAGCAGUUCAAGUUUUUGAGAGAGAGAGGGAGAGAUGGGAGAGGAGGAGGGGAAGAGGAGGGUGGUGGAGUCGCUGGGAUGGCUAACGGAGUCGUCGAUUAUGCCGAAGAAGCACAGGGCCAUAGAGGGCGUGGGGGCCUCCUCUAUCAUGGAGUUGAAGGCCCAUCUCUACAAGUCCCAGGAGGAGUCCAAGAAGUCCAAGGACCCCGACGCCCUCUCCUUCCACCGCGCCAAGCCCACCAAGAUCGCCGACUCCUUCUCCGUCAAGAACUCCGGCGUCGAAUCCCGAGCCCUCAAGGACAAACUUGAGCUGAAAGCAGUGCAUGAUGGAUCAGCCAGCUAUGCGGCAUUAGAGAGGAAGGCCCAAUUAUAUGAUAAGAUAGUUAGGGGAGAGCUAUCUGAUGAGGAAGAUAAGGAGAAGUACUGUGUGGAUUUCUUCCGCAAGAACAAUGAGCAGGAUGAGUCACAGCCCCCUCAGGACCAAGAUGCUUCUGCCACGGUACCGCCAGAGAGUGAAGAUGGUGAGAAUAAUGCCUCUUUCUUGUUUAAUACGAAACCUUUGGGACUGGGGCGGACAGCUGGAACAAUGGACAAUGAUGAACACAAGCGCUUUGUGAGGGAAGUUCAUGAAGAGGCAAAUCAAGGGAGAGAAAAGGCUUCUGAGCUCAAAUUGCGCAGGCAAGAGCAAGCAGCAGCUCGUCGUGAGAAACUGAGACAGGCCUAUUUAAAGAAACGGCUAGAGAACCUGAAAGCUGCAUCCAAUGUCCAACAGACAUGAUCAGCAGUUCUUUUUGUUAGUUGCUGCUGACUUUACCAGCCCAAUUUUUACAACUUUUUUUUUUUUUUUUAAUGGAAUUAACUCCAUCAAACCUUCCAUAUA